UGACCCAAAUAAAUUUCUACGAAACUGCUGUGUAUGGGCGCUGGGGCGUCGCCCCUUCCAAGUUUUCCAACCCCCUCUUUUGUCGCCGCGCACACUCAUUACAUCCACGUCUCCUACCCUACACUCUCCUUCCUCUAGUGCGCACCUUCACUCCGACUCUGCAAAGAAAGGCCUAAGCAAGCAAGACUAUGGCUGGAAGGACUACUACCGCCUAUCUUCUACCGGCCCUCAUGGCCCUUCUUUUCCUGCUCGUGGGGCUUGUGGCAGCUGACGACGUGCGGCUCGCAAACGAGGAGGGUGGAAUGGGAACGAUGAGGAGGGCCUUGACGACCUCGACCUCUGCGUGCGACGCCGAAGCUUCAGCUUGUAUUUCGGACAACUCGUGCGCCACAUGCGUCUACGAGUUUUUGUCCAAAACAGAUGAGUGCGGAACAGAAGACUCUCUCUGCGAAGACGUACAGGAUGCCGUUUGUUGCACGCUCGCCGACGAGGAGGAAAAUUGCGAGACCGACACGACCUUCGGAAACUAUUUAGAGUGCGUCUUUGAGGAACUCACCACGGGGUGCGGAGACAACUUGGUUGACAUCAGUGACUGCAACGGGGCUACGGGGCUUCCCUCCUCGUGGGUUGUGUCUACCGUCCUCGGAUUUACCACCGUGGCUGGCCUCCUGGUCGCCACCUUCGGCUUCGUCGUGUAGCCGAUUAUUUCAAGAUAUUUGGUGGAUCGCUAUUUACUUUGUGCUGCUGCUGAAGAGGCAUGCGGUGCCGUUAAACAUGUGCUGCAACCGCGCGUCGUGACCGAUGGUGCUCGUGCAGCUUGGUUCUUUUCGGUAUUGGCAGGGAGGCAUUGCCGUGUACCACUCCGUAUGAUGUUGCCGCGGUUCGAGCUGCCUUUGUCAUGCGUUGGUUGGCCUUUUUUUGCUGGGAGUAGACUUAUUUUCUCGCGGCUUGGUCUGGCUCGCUCGUUGCCCGUACGGUAGUUUGCACCCGAAGAUCAAUUCCUGAGGGUAGGGGCUGGCAGGCACCAUCCUUUCAUUCUGUUGGUUCUGAUGAAGGGGGCAAUCACAUACUCUUGGUGUUACCUUCCCGCCGACUGGCAGCAUGGAGUGGCCUGUUUCAUGCCGAUGUGGGUGAUGCUACAUCGUUUAGCUAGCUUUUGGUUCCCUGGUCACCUAGACUAUUCAGUCAAGUUCAGUAUACAUUUUUCGUGCACUAUAGUCCACCCGGGCUAUUUUGAUUGGUCUCAUACUUUGUCUUUCUUGUCGUGGUCGAAAUGGAAGGAAGAGGGAGGAUCAAACAGCUAGGAGUGUUGAGCAAGUUUGUCGUGCUUGCAGAACGAGCCCACAUCCUCAAGUCAGAGAGGACGAGAGCAUAGUCCAAACAGCCGUGAUGUGUCCGACGAUUUGUCGCGGGCACGACUUGUAGCGCUCACCCAAAAAGCACCGAUCCCUCUCUCGUUUGCCAAACCUGCCUUUCACAAGUCAGAGAAGGAAAUAGGAUAGUUCAAACAGCCAUGAUUGACGUGUCCGACGCUUUGUCGCGCGAGUAAGUAGCACCGUCCUCAGAUUGCUCUCGAAACCAACAUUUUUCAGUUGGGGAGAGUAUGGAAGCAAAAUUCGAGCAGCCAUGAUAUUUCGGAGCAUUUGUCGCGCGCGCAAGAAGCACCGAUCCUGCUCUCGUUCUUCAAAACAGCUUUCAUCGAUCAGGAAGAGGGAGAGAGAGUUCCGAAAGCUAUGGUGUGUCCCACUCUUGGUCGCGCACGCAACAAACACCGAUCUCUCUCUCCACACACCAGCGAUUUUCAAAUCCAGGAGAGGCCGAGAGCAAAGUUCGAAUAGCCAUGGUGUGUCAAACGAUUUGUGCUGCUCGCAAGAAGCACCGAUCGUGCCCUUGUUCCGCAA